CCCCAUCCCAUUGCAAUGUUAUGUUUAUGUUUUUGCUAACUAACUAAGCACAUUAUAUAUGAUAGCUACGUAUUUAGAAAAAAUGUACAUUGAAUAUUAAGUGUUAUUUUUUAAACGCAAAGUAAAAAAUUUAGUUAAAUUCCUUUGUGUAAACAGUUUCUUAAUAUACUCUUGUUGUGAGCAAUUUUCUUGUUUAAACCGCUAUGUUGUAUACAUUAUGUGGGUUUAUCUGCUUAUUGAUGAUUGGAAGUCAUGUCUCAUUAGCAAAUGGUAGCAUAUCGGAUUAUAUAAGAAAAUGCUGUAUAGGUGGGCUUCGACAUGCACGAGCCUCAGCGUCUUGCAAAAAUGUCGAUAUAUCUUUAUCAAUAAUCCCACAACUCUGGCUUGGGCUUUGUCAUUCUACACUUGACGUAUGCUGUUCUCGAGAACUCGACCAUCAAAAUUGUGAAUUAGGUCGACUCGCUGCUUUGGAAGGUACUCGCUGUGACAGCGAAGGAACUCUUACUUUUAAUUCUUAUUCAACAUGUUGCCGUGCUUGUCAAAUUGGAUUGGCAGUUAAAGCAAGUAAAGUCAAUUGUGAGGAUCCAUUAUUUUCAUUUCUUUCUUCAAUUGAUUCAUAUCGAUUUUGUUGCUAUGGGGCGAAAGAUUUUAAUGGCACAAAAUCUAAUAUUGAUCAAAUCAGUAAUGACAAUUCUAUCAUUGAAGAAGGCGAAAGCCGAUUGGAUUCAAAAGAAGAUAUGAACGGUACUAUUAUUCUAACCGGUGACGAUGACAUUUGUGGAAAAAUUGGUAACCUUUGCGCCCACAUAUGCGAAAACACUUAUGACGCAUAUCAAUGUAAGUGUCAUCCCGGAUUUUUGUUAGAUAACAACAACGUAACAUGCUCUCCAGAAAAAAGUGAAAUAUGUCCUAGUGGCUACCACUUGGAUAAAAUAGAAAAAAAAUGCAUUGACAUUGAUGAAUGCAGGGAAGAUAUUCACGAAUGCAAAUUUUCUCAAUACUGCCAUAAUACUAAUGGCGGAUACCACUGCUUAGACGUGAAAACAAAGAAUUGUUCCCCAGGAUUUCACUAUAUUAGUGAACUUGAUGAAUGUAAAGAUGAUUACGAUUGCAAAAAAGAUGGUUCUAAAUGUACUACGAUCAAAGAGCUGUCAUGUGAUAGUGGAUUUAGUUUAGAAAACGGCCACUGUACCGAUAUAGACGAGUGCUUCCUUAGCACAUUUAACAACUGCAGUAGUAAUAAUAAUCAGGAAUGCGUCAACACUGUGGGAAGCUAUUCAUGCCGCUGUCAGGCUGGAUUCAAUUUUGAUGCAACCCUAAAUAAGUGCGUUGAUAUAAAUGAAUGUUCAAUAAACAACCACAACUGCCUUCCAACUCAGAGAUGUGAUAACACUAUCGGAUCAUAUAUAUGCACGCGUCUUCAAAGCUGCGGCACAGGCUAUACCUUAAAUGCAGAAACUGGCAAUUGUGAUGAUGAUGAUGAAUGCAAGCUCAAUACGCAUAACUGUCCUUCUAACUAUGAUUGCCACAAUACAAAGGGAUCGUUUCGAUGUUAUAGAAAAUUCUCCACAAGCUCAACCACUACCACGACGUCAACAACAGUUUCCCCAUCAGCCUCAGAACAUGGCCAAUACCCAUAUUCAACAGCUGCACACCAUAAUCUUAAAUUUGGCAAUUUCACAAGAUCCCAAAUGAACUGUUCCUCUGGGUUUCAUAGAAAUAAUCUUGGUGCAUGUGUUGAUACAAAUGAAUGUGUGGAAAACAAUCCUUGUGGUAACCAUCAACGCUGCAUCAACACGAAUGGGUAUUUUCGAUGCGAGGGCCUUCUUCUCUGCUCUCCCGGAUACAAAUCAACGGCAGACGGAAAAUCAUGCACAGACAUUGAUGAGUGCGAUUCAGGUGAUCACAAUUGUGGCGAAGGACAAAUAUGCCGAAAUCGAAACGGUGGGUAUGUAUGCACCUGUCCGACAGGUCACGAGUUUAAGCGCCUCAGCACUGGUGUUAAUGUAUGUGCUGAUACAAACGAGUGCACUACAGAUCAACGGGUAUGUCCAUCCAAUGCAAACUGCUUUAACACGAUAGGAUCUUACUAUUGUGAGUGCAAAGCUGGCUUUCAAAAGAAAACAGGCAAUAAUAAUUAUACACAAUGCUUUGACAUCGAUGAGUGCCAAGAGGUUUCGGGUCUUUGCCAACAAAAGUGUAUAAACUUUUGGGGAGGAUAUCGAUGUACAUGUAACUCCGGAUACCAACUAGGACAGGACAACCGCACAUGCGAUGAUAUAAAUGAAUGUGAAGUGCAUAAGGAUUACAAGCUAUGCAUGGGAUUCUGCAUCAAUACUCCCGGAUCCUAUCAAUGCUCCUGUCCACGUGGGUAUAUGUUAUCACCAGACAAGAACUCCUGUCGCGAUAUCAAUGAAUGUGAAACUGAUUCUAUAAAUCAGGUUUGCACAGGCCAGAAUGACAUUUGCACCAACACUCGAGGAAGCUACAAAUGUACAACCGUUGAUUGCCCAUAUGGAUACACUAUUGAUCCAGACCAAAAAAACAGGUGUCGACAAAAUACUAAUUUUUGUGAAGGGGAUGAUUGUUAUUCAAAACCGUCAGCUUACACGUAUAACUUUAUAACAUUUGUUUCCAAACUAAUAAUACCACCGGAUGGUCGAGCCAUUUUUACAUUGAGGGGUCCACUUUGGUAUGAUAAUAUUGACUUCGAUCUAAGGAUUGUUCACAUACAAGCAAAUAGCAAUAUACAGUCGGCAACAGACAAGAAUUUUGACACUUUAAAAAGCAACAACCAAGUUAAUGUGAUAUUGAGAAAAUCUUUGGAGGGGCCACAGGACAUUGAAUUGGAAUUAACUAUGACGGUGUUUACAAAUGGAAUGCCUAGAGGAAAAAGUGUGGCAAAAUUAUUCCUUUUUGUUUCUCAAUAUAACUUUUGAAAUAAAUGCACAUAUCAGAAAA